AUGAUGGAGCCCUCUGAAGACUCAUUUGAGACGAUGAUGGAGCUUAAGAAUCCAUCAUCAAAACAAAUGGAGUCCUCCGAGGGCUCAUCCAACACCAACGUGGAGAAAGUGGGCAGCGCAGCGCAGGCGGAGGUGGGUCUCGCCAGUGACCCAGCCCAGGAAAGAAAGGAGCCACCAAGUGGCUCACUCCAGGAAAUGGAAAAGCUGCCCAUUGAUCUACUCCAAGACAUGGAGGAGCCAUCCAGUGGCCCACUUGAGGAAAUAGAGGAUCCACCCAAUGACCUACUCCAAGACAUGGAGGAGUCAUGCAAUGGUUCACACCAGGCGAUGGUGGAUUCACUCAAUGAAGCAUCUGACGAAAUGAAAGAAGCAUCAAUCAACUCAUGUGAGACCGAGGUUGAGGAAGAAGAUGAGUCUAACCUGACGGAAGUGGGAAGGGAGGAGAAUCUCGAAGAGAACCCAAUCCAGGUCUCUCCUGCAGAAGUCAUGGCCACGAUGAGGUCCAUCAUCUCUCUGUUCUUCCGGAUGCAAGACCUCAGAGAACAACAAAGAGUAGCAGAGGAGAUCUUGGUCCAGGGGAUCAAUGCGGGCCGGCUGCCCACCCCCAGGCACUUCUCUGGUGACCGCAGAGAGUACCACGAGUUCAUCGUGCUCUGCCAGCUGAUCUUACAAAGCUACCCAACCAUGUUCUACAACGACCACCUGCGGGUGAAGUUCGUCAUCUGCCACCUGUCCGGCAUGGCUUUGGAGUGGGCCAAAGGCCUCAUUCAACAGAACAGCCCCCUGCUGAACGACUUCCCAGGCUUCCUGGAGGCCAUGUCGGAAGUGUUCGAGUACCGGCAGGCGCUGCGUGUGGCAGAAGACGCCAUGUUCAACAUCAGGCAGGGGAAUCGCUGCGCCACCGAUUACAUCAACGAGUUCCAAAGCCUGGUACCCACCUUGGGCUGGCCAGACGAAGUCCUACAGGCCCAUCUGUGCCAAGGGCUCAAUGAAGAUAUUAGGCAUUAUCUGUUUCGCGUCCCUCAGCCUGAUUCCCUGCACAGUCUGAUCGUGCUCAUCCUGCAAAUUGAAGAUAAACUGGCUGAGAGAAGAGCCAUGCUCAGGCUGCCCCCUGAGUCCCGCCCACGGAACCUGACCUGGAUCGACUCACCUGCUCCAGAGAGGUGGAUGGUCAGUAGCUGGCUGCCAAGUGACUUCCACCCAGACAUUGACCGGGCUCAUCUCUUCCUGUUGCUGUUGGUGAGAGUGAACCCCUACCACUGUGUGGCCGUGCAGGCCCUGGUGGACUCAGGGGCAGAAGGCAACUUCAUGGAUGAAAAAUUUGCCCAAGAGCACUACGUGGAGCUCUACGAGAAGCCCUAUCCACAGUCCAUCCAAACGGUGGAUGGCUCGCUGAUCGGAGACGAACCUGUCUGGCUCUAUACUGAAGCCCUGGUGUGCAUCCAUCAGAACCACCAGGAGUCUAUCGAAUUUGACAUCGUACCUUCACCAAACUUCUCCGUGGUCUUAGGCAUCAACUGGCUCCGCCUCCACGCCCCCGAAGUUGACUGGGUCAGAGGCCGCUGCACCUUCCACUCUCCCUACUGUCUGCAGAACUGCUUCCGCCCACCCCCACCAUGCAUCGCGCUGGAGAAACACAGCAUGAGCCUGCUCCCCGGAUUGCCACACCCAUACUCAGACCUGGCCGACGUGUUUAACCCGAAGGAAGCAGAUGAUGAGACUUCCGACCAGCCAAGCUCAGACGGAUCCGAUGAUCUUUCUGAAUCAGAGCCCUCUGAGCUUCAGCAGGCUGGAGACAGUGAUCACAGCGAGACCUUUUACGAGUGUCCCUCCACCGCGCCUUGGGAACCUGUUGGUGCCAGGAUGCAAGAACAAGCCAGGCUGCAAGAGGAAUACUGGGAGCUGUACAACAUGCUGACCGACAGGCAGGACUACAUACAGAUGAUUCCAGAACUGUUUGACCAGUUACACGGAGCUGCAUGGUUCACAAAACUCGAGCUGCGUGGGACCAUCGUGGAGGAAAGCGUGAAUGUCAUCCGGACAGAAGACACAUGGAAAGCGGCUUUUGGUUUGGAGGUUCAAGAUAUGAGUAACUACCAGCCCUUCUCGCUAUCCUCAGACCCUAUCAUACCUCAGAACGUGCUUCACUUCAUCCUGAAGGACAUGCUAGGCUUCUUCGUGCUCUCCUAUGGCCAUGAGGUCCUAGUCUACUCAAUGUGCCAAGAGGAACACGUCCAGCAUGUACGCCAAGUACUGGUCCGCUUCCGACAUCACAACAUCUACUGCUCCCUGGAUAAGAGCCAGUUCCACCGCCGGACCGCGGAGAUCCUGGACUUUGUGGUGUCCCCCAAAGGGGUGAAACUGAACAAGAACAUCUUAAGCAUCAUCACGGACUACCCUCCCCCCAGGACCAGGAAGUGCCUGCAGAACAUGAUUGAGUUCAUGUUUCCCUACCGCCACUUUGUGGAGCGCUUCGCUUUCAUCGCGGAGCCCCUCGUGCGGCAGGUGCUGAGCACGGAGCCCUUCCGCUGGGGGGAUGAGGAGGAAGAGGCCUUCGAGUGCCUGAAGAGGGCUUUCCGCAGGGCGCCCCUUCUCUACCACCCCAAGCCUCAGAACCCAUUCUACUUGGAAACAGGGUCCAACAGAUUGGGCCUGUACGCCUCCCUGAUCCAAAUUGACGAGCACACUGGCAAGAAAGUCACCUGCGCUUUCUACUCGCGAAACCUGUCCCCUAUCGAGGUGGACUACCCUCUAGUGGAGCUGAGGAUCCUUCCAAUCCGGGCUGCCUUCAUGGUGUGGUGCCGCUACCUGGAGAACACCGAGGAGCCCAUCAUGAUCCUUCUCAACACAGAGGAUCUAGCCUCCCUGAAUAAUGACAGGCUCACCGUACUUCUCCCCGGGCACUGGGUCUUCUUCUUUUCUCACUUCCACUUUGACAUCCUGGAGAUCCCAGACCCAGAUAAUGGGCAACCCCUGGCGCCCAUGAGGAACUGGAGAGGUCUAAGGGGCAGAGCCACACGGCCAAUUCUGCUUUUUGCCAUGAGAGGACCCUCCAGAGAUCAAGAUUCUGACUCCGGGGAGGAGGACAGUGAUGACGAAUCAGAUGAGGAGGGGAUCGAUGAGCAGACCCUGCUGCAGGAGCUCCUGAGUGCCAUACCAAUUGACCAGAUUCUCAACAGCUUCCUGGCCCACUUCAGCAUGGCUCAGAUCCGGGCCGUGAUCCUGCACUUCUUCAGGGGCCUGCUCUACUGGAAGAACCUCCUUGCGCUGGCAGCCCUACUGGUGAUGAUGAGGGCGAGGCAGCACCUCUCGCUGCUGCCCGCUCCCCCCAUGGUGGUGGCAUGUCCCCAGCCUAGGCGCUCACUCAGACUCAUCCUGGACUCAACCCUCACCGUGGGCAGUGGCCUGGCCACCGCCAUUGCCCAGCUGCUUAGCCAGAUGCCCCCACUGGUAGGUGCCAAUACUCUCCCAGCUCAGGAGCUGGCCGAGCUUUUCCUAGGGCCCGGACACUGGCAGAGAAAUGCCUUGCAGCCCCAGCCUAACCGGGGCCUGAGGUUCACCCCAGGGUUCUGGUUGACCCUGUGUGAGUUCUUCGGUAUCAGAGUGGCCCCCCGAGAGGGCAGCCUCCCUGCCCCUCACCAGCACCGGUAUUUGGAGCUGCACGUCGUCGGUGAUGAGGAUGCCGUCUUGCGAGAAGCCCUGCAAGACGACCUGCAACGUUACCGUCAGUGUGGCCUGCAUGACGGCCUGCAAGACACCCCGCAGGACGAGCAGGUCAGCGACGUGCAAGAGGCCCUGCCUGGGGACGACACCGCGAUCGCCCUCCCCAUCCGCCCACGCAACCUGCUGGACCCCGAGGUCCUGGACUUCCUCAACAACCGCUUGCUCUACGUCCGUGGUGCCGACGGCCGGCUGACCCUGCUCAGCAGAGAGCAGGUGGCCCGGGCCCUGACCAGAUUCCUGACCAUGAUUUCCACGCAAGCUCCGCCCCUGCCAGCCAGAGAAGAGGCAAGGUUAGAGGAGCUGCCAGACCCAGAAGAUAAUGACCUCGACUGAAAACACCUCCUCUGCGCCUCUGACCCUACAGUCCCCCGCCACUCUCCCUGUGCCUCAGCCAGCUUUGCUCAGACCUUCCACCCCUCCUGCCACUCCUAACCCAAGGGGAACCCACUUGUGAAGGGCAAAAAACAACAAUGACAACAAAACCAAACUUCAACUCAUCAACCAGCAACAUCAUCUGUGCUAAAGGACUAUCCAGCUGUCAGAGUCCCAGUGCCAGCCAAGGCUGCGCACCCCUGUCUUAACUCUCCGGGUCCCAGCCCGCAGCCAGAAGUGAGAACGAUGACAGGAGAAAGCAGUGAGAGCAACA